AUGUGUUGUAAGCUUAUUCCUUCAUUUUGCAUGCUUUUAUCGGUAGCAAAUGCAGUGCAUUUGGGACAUUAUGGUCCGCAAGAAGAACAUUAUCAGGAUGUGCAACCACAAGAAAUGCAACGGAAAAGUAUAAAAUUACUACGAAUGGGACCGCAGAUUAUGCAACCGCAAGGUAUGCAACCACAAGGUAUGCAACCACAAGGUAUGCAACCGCAAGGUAUGCAACCGCAAUACAUCGAACCACAAGCUGAUGAUAAAAAGUGUGCUGGGUGCAUAAUAAAUAUAAAUUGUGGCGGUGCAGAUUGUAUGCCAACGGUAACACAACAAACGCCAACACCACCGAUUUGGACGUUACCACCCACGCAGACACCAGGAUGGACUCCUGGACCACCGCUAACUCCAAAACCAACGACACCUCCGCAUGUGACACCAGGAGGUUGUCGUUUGUGUCCAUGUUACAUACCUCCUCCAUGUCAGAUAUGUCAACCAUGUCAAUGA